UCAAUUAGCUUUCAUUCUUCCCGCUUGGCUACUGACUCUUUUAAACAUACAUGGGAAGGGAGAUAACGCAUUCAUUGACCUGCAAACAGAUUGGCCGGAGUGCAGGAGGAGGAGCAAAGGAGAGAGAGAGGGAUGAACGAAUGAAGGUAGGAAGAUACAGAGAGAGGGACGGAGCGCUGGUUGGGAUGGAAAGAGCCGGGAGAGGAGAUCUCUAAUAAUAGCACUGCAGGGAAGCAAGAGCAUGCAGUAAAAAGUGGUACAUGCAACAAAGCGAAUAAUGCCGACGCAAAGCAAUGGAAUAGUACAAUGGAGCAAGAGCGGGGAAAGUUGAAUUCUCUGCUUUCCCCCUUAUACGAUAGAAACCCUGGAAAGGGGAAAAAGACAUAGAAAAUACAGGAAGAAAGAUGCUCUCAAUGCAAAGGAAUUACAGAGCAAAGACCUUGAGAAAAACCUCUCCUUAGAAAGCUUUGACCUCUGAAGUUCUUGUGUUUUUGUGAGUACAUCUGUUUAAGUUAAAUCUGACUCUUUCAAAUGGCAUCUUUGGACACGUGUUAAGUUGCAGCUUGUGUGAGGGAAACAUGCCUUCCGCUCGGCCUUCAUCUGAGAAUGCAGAGGUCUGAGAGCCACGAAUCCGAGGUCCAGCGGAGCCCGUCAUUGGACAGCGCAGAGUCAGAAUUCACCCGGGCGGCCCGUCGGGGUCAGCGCCUGGCCGUGGGGGCCUUUUACGGCUCCCGGGGGUCAAAUGUCAAAGAUCAAACAGCACAGAGUGACAGAGCCUUGGUCGCGGUCCCGCCGGGAGGGAAGCCUCAGGAUAAGCGCGUAUCUGCCGGUGGGAAGUACGUUGUGUUUUACCUGGACUUGUCUUUUGUGUUGCUCCUAGAGUUUGAGAAACUGAAGAUGGCUCGUGGAUGCCUGUGCUGUGUCAAAUACAUGAUGUUCCUCUUCAACCUGCUGUUCUGGCUGUCGGGCUGUGGGUUGUUAGGUGUGGGCAUAUGGCUGUCCGUCUCUCAGGGCAGUUUUGCCACAUUCACCCCCUCCUUCCCCUCCUUCUCAGCUGCCAAUCUGGUCAUUACCUUGGGCUUGGUCAUCAUGGUAACAGGCUUUCUUGGUUGCCUCGGUGCCAUCAAGGAGAAUAAGUGCCUGUUGCUGAGUUUCUUCAUUGUUCUGUUGAUUAUUCUUCUGGCCGAGCUGAUUUUGCUCAUCCUUUUCUUUGUAUACAUGGACAAGGUGAGCGAGAACGCUAAGCAGGAUCUUAAAGAUGGCCUGAGGCUCUAUAACACGGACAAUAACAUCGGUCUCCGCAACGCCUGGAACAUUAUCCAAGCUGAGUGGCAGUGUUGUGGUGUAACUGGUCACACAGACUGGCAUGAUGCCCUGCAGGAGAAAACAGUUCCAGACAGAUGCUGCCAGGAACACUACAUCCAGUGCGGUCGCAAUGCCACUAACGUCUUCUGGUCACAGGGUUGCUAUGAGAAGGUUGAGGAAUGGCUGAACGACAACAAACAUUUGCUGGGAACCAUCGCGAUGUGUGUGCUGGUCUUACAGCUGCUCGGGAUGGCAUUCUCCAUGACCUUGUACCAGCAGAUCCACAGGGUGGGAAAGAAGUAUGAUGCCUAAAGGAAACCCAGUGUUGCACUACAAAAAAACUCAAAGAACACCUAAUGUAUUGUUUCAAGCCCCGCUUCAUCCCAUCACAAACUAUUACCAGUGAAAAUGAAGCUGUAUUUCUUUUUUUCUAUCAGAUUUAAUUAUGUAGAACAGACUGUAGAUAUUUUUGCUUGGCUGGUGAGAGGCUAAUUUUUUUUUUUGCCUGAGGGCUGAGAGCUGAAAGGAAUACAUUGUGAGACGCAGUUAUGGGUGCAGCUGUUAAUGUUAAGCCAAACAGUCUUGGAAAUAGUCUGAUAGCGUAUGAACUGUUAAAAAAAAUGCCCUCAUCAUGUAAAAUUGUAUUUGGAAUAUCGGCAGUGCUCAUCAGAGGAUACAUUGCUUUAUUGGACACUUGUGUAUUUACAUAGGCCCAGUUCCCUUUGCUGAUGUAAUAUAUCAAUCACAUGCUGUAUAUAUUUCACAUUCACAUAAGAGUACUGUAUAUAUGCACACAAACAAUCCUUUAUCUGAUGACUCAAGUGUUAUGAAGAGUGGGGUAAGACAUUACCACAUUAAUCUACCAGAUAUUAGAUAAUCAGAUAUUCAGACAGGCUCUAAAUGUAUUUGUUUUAUAUAUAUAUAUAUAUAUAUAUAUAUAUAUAUAUAUAUAUAUAUAUAUAUAUAUAUAUAUAUAUAAAAUUAUAAAAACAUUGUAUAUUAUUAUAAAUAUUGGCUUCAAAUAUUCUGAUUAUUUCAAAUUAUUUCACAUUCAAAAAGUGUCACAGCUUUUCCUGCUUUCAUUUUUUAGAAGUAUGAAUGUGUUUAUUUGUAAAAAAAAAAAAACUGUAUGUUUCAUGUAUGAGCGAGAGAGUCUGUACUAGUCAUCUGCUCGCUCUGGGGCUUUGUGUCCUGGUGACUCUCUACUCGUCUCUGUCUGCUCUCUUUGUUUUCUCACUCACUGAUCUUUUCAAAGUGCAUCUGUACUGCUGGGAGGCAAAUGAGCUGUCCUUCUCCGCCUACUGUCAAGGAAGAGCGGGAGAUGAGAUCAAAGGAUGCAGGAUGUAGAGGUUAGGAAAUAGAGGGGGAGAAAGCCCUAAUAACGGCCUCUCUUGAAAACAAACAGUAUCAUGCAGUGGCACCUAAAAGAGUGCAAUGAGAGUUAACUUAUAAGCCAUAACCUCUGUGAACUGUUUCUCGCUCCUGUCAUUUUCCCAAAAUACAUUCCCACUUGUAUUCAGUUUGUGAGUGCUAUAGGUAUAUUUUGAUCCACAGAUUAAAUUGUUGCAUCCUUACAUAGUUUAAAAUUAUCAGGAUAAUUUAUUACCAAAUGACAUAUCUGCAUUACUGUUUAAUCAACAUAUUAUUUUAAAUAAAAAGGGAAAAAAUGUUUUUAA